CUACAGAGGGUUCCAGUGUGACUAUUUCAUGAUAGUGGAAGCCGCAUGUACCACGGAUGCAAUGGGAGAGGCGCCCAACAUCCUACAACUCCAAGAUACACUGUUCACUGCAUUCUGGAGGAAGCUAAGCAACAGGAAAACACAAUCAAUGCCCAAGGCUCCUGAACCAUCUAAGAGACCACCCACAGUGCCCAACGCCUUACAGCCUGCCCGAAAAGGCAAAGGCCUUCCCGAACUACCCCAAAGAAG